CGGUCAUCCAUUAACCAUCCUGCAGCAUGAUUUCAGUAUUUCAGAAGUUCAAACCGCGUCGAUGUGGACGCUGCGGCUGAAGCAAUGUCCCUCAAAACAUUUUGUACCAAGUUUCAUAUUUGGAGCCGAACUGUCGCUCGACGAGAUGCCGGCAAACGAAAUUACUACAAAAGCGGGAGUUCCCGACUCCCCCCGUCUGGCCUGGCGGCUUCUGUCCGCGUCGUGGACCUCCGCAGCGACACGGUGACCAAACCCGGAGCGGCGAUGCGCCGGGCCAUGGCCGAGGCCGAAGUCGGAGUGAUGGGCGAAGACCCGACAGUGAACGAGUUGCAGGAGAUUGCAGCCGAUCUGUUUGGGAUGGAGGCGGCACUUUUUGUCCCCUCGGGAACGAUGAGUAACCUCAUCGCAGUGAUGGUGCACUGCAGGGAGCGCGACGAUGAGAUGAUCGUAGGAGAUCUAUCCCAUUUGCACAUCUACGAGCAGGGGGGCAGCGCGCAGCUGGCUGGCAUCCAUAGUACCACAGCCACCACCCUCGCCGAUGGGACCUUUGACCUGGACCAGGUGGAGUCCAAGAUCCGUCACGGCUACCCAGGCCCCCACUACCCCCGCUCGCGUCUCAUCUGCGUGGAGAACACGCACAACAUACAGGGAGGCCGCGUCAUGCCGCUCCACUUCCUGCAAGAGGUGCGAGCGCUGGCCGACAAACACGGCCUGUCGGUGCACAUGGACGGCGCGCGCCUGAUGAAUGCCGCCGUGGCGCUGGGGGUGCCGGCGGCGGACAUUUUGCAGCAUACGCACACCGUCAGCAUGAGUCUCUCCAAGGGACUGGGCUCCCCGGUGGGAAGCCUGCUAGCUGGGCCCAGAGAUUUCAUCUCCCGGGCGGUGAGGUGCCGUAAAGCUCUGGGUGGCGGCAUGCGGGCUGGCAUACUGGCGGCGGCAGGAAAAGUGUCUUUGCUGGACAUGGUCCAGAGACUCCAAGAAGAUCACAACAACGCGAGGACCUUCGCUCAAGCCUUGCAAACCUGCGAGCCACCCCUGUUUGCCGUAGACAUGGCGGCGGUGGAGACAAACAUCAUCCGCUUCCAAAUUCGAGAACCCGCCUUGAAUCCGGCGGAAUUCUGCGACCGCAUGGCCCAAGUCGGGGAAGGGGAGGAGGACGCGCUGGGCCAGGGCGUUCAAGUCCUCAUGUUCCCUCUUUUUGAUAAUUCUGUCCGAGCCGUGUGGCAUUUGGGGAUAUCGCCCGAAGACACGCAGCUGGCCAUCAAAAAAUUGCAAUUUGUCGCCCGUCACUGCUUGGAGGAUAAAUAACUGAGGGGCUUGAAAAAUGUUUGUUAAGUGUCUCUUAUCUUGAGGGAAGGACAACUGCGGAAACUUUGGGAGAUUUAUACUUUUUAUUUUAUUAUUCAUUUUGCUCACUCUGUAAUGUGGUCAUUGAUUCACUGUAAAUUAUCAAAUAUUUUUAAUUAAAUACAAUAAUAAAUACGGGCAAACAACUGAUUCCUUUUAAUGUAUCAAACAAUUUGUUAACGGCGUUUUAAAUAAUUGCACACUAUUCAAUGAGCGUGAAUUUCAAAUGGA